UGCUUCGCAGGAACGUGUGCCGGGGUUCCGUAUGAAAAGAUAAAAAAUUUAUACCGGGGGAUAUUUUUCACAAAGAAUGAAUUGCAAUUGAAACUAAAAGAAUUAAAUGCCUACACAAGCAGCACUAGUAAGAGUCCUGUAUGGCAGAAAAAGUUCAGGAAACCUUACGGCUAUUCCUCGCGUUUUAAAAGUACCAGUAAUUAUUACUAUUCGGGGGAUCAUGACGGUGACCAUUGUUGUCCUACGUACCGUGAUUUGAUUUUCCCUCCUGUCUUAUAUAACACGAGAGGAGUACUUCGUUACAUUGUUCAUUUCCCCGACAGUCAACCAGACCCCAUGUAUCAAUUCAUACCGAGGGGGAGAUGUGUAUCUGGAGGUAGCUGUAACAGGUGUCUACAGGAGAACGCCCUCCACUCCGUGCUCGUGAUUGACUGGACAGCACCCCCAUAUUUCGAGUUUGACGAUUUCUACCUAGAGAGUUAUUGUUCUUGUAAAGAUCGUUAAUUAUAAAUG